UUGAGCGAAGAAGUGCUGGAAAAUUCGGAUGGAAAGGAAAAAGUGAGGGUUUUGGGGAGGUUUUGGACAAAAAUUGAGCUCGGAAUGCUGAAAAUAUGAAUUUUGAGCUUAAAAUGAGCCCAGAACACUAAAAAUUCCUAAUUUUUAGGAUUUUCAUGCUCAAAAUGAGCUAAGGAAGCAGAAAAUUUGCAAUUUCAAAAUUCUGAUCUUUGAAAUAAGCACAGAACACUGAAAAUUCCUUAUUUUUGUGAUUUUUAGCACAAAAUGAGCACAGAAAUCUGGAAAUUCCGAAUUUCUAUGAAUUUUGAGAUUAAAAUGAACCUAAAUAGCUGAAAAUUUCAAAUUUUCCAUGAUUUUUGAGCUCAAAUUGCUGAAAAUGGAGAAUUUUUGUGAUUUUUGAACUCAAAAUUAUACUUCAAAUCUGAAAAUUUGACAAUGUUUAGGCUCAAAGUGACCACUUAAAGCUGAAAAUUUGCAAUUUCAAGAUUCUGAUCUUUAAAAUGAGCACAGAACACUAAAAAUUCCCUUUUUUGUGACUUUUGAGCUCAAAUAAGCCCAGAAAGCUGGAAAAUUCGGACUUUUGUGAAUUUUUAGUUGAAAAUCAGCCCUGAAAGCUGAAAAUGGGAAAAUUCAAGAUUCUUCACUGAAAAUGAGCUCGAAAAACUGAAAAAUCCAAUUUUCAUGAUUUUUAAGAUUAAAAUAAACCUAAUAAUCUCAAAAUUCCGAAUUUUUAACUCAAAACAUCCCCAGAUCACUAAAAAUUUCAGGAUUUCAACCAAAAUUAAAAUUUUUCCAGAAAACCAUACCAAUUCGAGAUUUUCCCCUGGGAAUUGCCCCACCAAAAUCAGGAAAUGUGCAUUUCUCGGCUCGAAUUCUCAGGCUCAUCAGCUUAAGACAAUUACAAGAAGUUCAGCGGAAAAUCAAUGAAACUCUGGUGGAAAUUCAAAAUUUGACGAUUGAUUUUGGAAAAAAAGCAGAUUUGAAACAAAUUCAAUAUGGAAAAUAA